AUGCCGUUAUUCACUCAAGUUAUGCUCGGGCUGAAGGAUAUGGACGAAAAGGAUCGCAUCAACCGUGCUUGGGUUUCGUCACCAUCCCAUCGGGCCAACGGAAAGAGAUCCACGUCCAACCGGCUGGUUGAGCUCAAGCUCGGCAGAGUGAAGUGGGCCUAA